AUGGUUCUGUUCCGUGGUGGCCUUAAAGCUGUCAUUUGGACCGAUGUCAUUCAAACAGUGAUUAUGAUCGGUUCAAUUGUCUUUGUCAUAAUUAAGGGAACCAUUGAUGUUGGUGGCGUUGAAGUUGUAUUUGAAAGGAAUUGGAAUACUGGACGUAUUGAAUUGCCAGAAAUGACUUGGGAUCCUACUGUUCGUACCUCCAUAUUGUCCAUGUUGUUAGGCACUACAAUGUGGUUUACUCAGGUUAGUUGUGGUAAUCAGGUGAUUGUACAGCGCUAUUUGUCGGUACCCUCCGUAAAAGAGGCCAAACAGGCCUGUAUAAUUUAUACUUUGGGUGUGAUAUUGGUGCAUGUGUUCACAUUCUAUAAUGGUCUCCUGAUAUUUGCCAAUUAUCAUGAUUGUGAUCCUGUGACUACACAAUUAGCUAAAGCUAAGGAUCAAUUGGUGCCGUUGAUGGUGAUGAAAACUUUAGAAUUUUUACCCGGCAUGGCUGGCCUAUUUGUGGCUGGUGUGUUUAGUGCUGCUCUUAGUUCUCUAUCUACUGGUCUUAACUCGUUGGCUGCUGUAUUUUUGGAGGAUUACAUUAAACCUUAUCGCAAGACGGCCUUAAGUGAAAGUCAAACUGCCAUUAUAAUGCGUUUGAUUGUAGUGUUUGUGGGUGUAUUGAGUGUGGCUCUGGUGUUUGUGGUGGAAUAUUUGGGUCAUGCUGUUUUACAAUUAUCGGCCACUUUAUCCUCAGUGACUGGUGGUCCAUUGCUAAGUUUAUUCUUAAUGGGUCUUUUAAUGCCCUGGAUUAAUUCAAGGACUGCCAUUUCUGGCUGUGUAAUAUCCUUUGCUGUCAUGAGUUGGAUCUGUGUUAGAGGUCAAGUGGCUUUGGCUACGGGAGAAUUGAUUUAUGCUGAAAAACCUGUCUCCACUGAGGGAUGUACUUAUGAUUUUGAACCUUUGUAUACGUUAGCCAACAAAACCAUUACAGAUACAAUGGAAACUAGUACAAAAACAUUCGCUCAAUAUAUUUAUACCAUGUCUUUCACCUAUUAUACCGCUGUUGGUUGUGCCGUCUCCAUGAUCUUUGCCCAUUUGGCCAUCUUUAUCUAUGGACGCAAUGAUGUGUCUAAAAUGAAUCGUAAAUUAUUUGCACCCUGCAUACGUCGUUUCAUCAAAUCGAAAGAAUAUGAAACCGUUAAUAAGGAAGAAAAGCCUGUGAUCGUAUUCGACUUGAAAAGUGACUUAAAAUCUUCAAAAGAUUAUAGUGAUUGAUGUGUUAGAAUGAAUAUUUUAUUCUUUAAUUAUUGUUUUAUUUAUAUUAGAAAAUACUCUCUGUUGAAAGAGUAAUAAAUGUUUUUGUUAUUAGCGUAAUAACUUUA